AUGGCAAAAUUCUCGCUUGAAGACGGAGAAGGGUCAAGCUGUCCAAGGCCAAAAAGACAAAGAUCCUCUUCUCCCUCUUCUCCUCAUCCUGAAUUUACUAGGGAAGAAAUUAUUUGUGAGGAAGAAGAAUCUGACGACGAUGAAGAAGAGGAUGAAGACACAAGUGAUGAAAGUGAAGAAGAAGAAGAUGAGGAGGAGCAACAGGUGGUAGAAAUAGCGAGACCACGACCACCACCAGCACAACAACAACAGCCUCCAGCACAACAACCACCACGGCAGCAAGAAUAUAACCAGAUGGCAAUUCUGGGACUACAACAACCUCGACCCAGAUUGAUUGAGGGCUCAUUCAUUCUAGGACCUAAUCUUGUGCGGCCCAGCAGAAAUGGUGCUAUUUGUGUAAUUUUAUCAGACCCAGAAGUUCUUGAUUGUCCCAUCUGCUGUGAAACCUUGAGCAUUCCUGUUUUUCAGUGUGAGAAUGGACAUACUGCUUGCUCUUCAUGCAGCGAAAAACUUCUACAUAAAUGUCCUUCCUGUGCUAUGCCUAUUGGCUAUAACCGCUGUCGUGCCAUUGAGAAGGUUCUGGAAUCACUGAAAACACAAUGCUCCAAUUGGAGGUAUGGGUGCAAAGAAGACAUUUGUUUCAGUAAGAAAUACGAACAUGAUAAGAGUUGCAGCCAUGCUCCAUGUACAUGCCCCCUGUCAGGUUGCAACUUCCAGGGUUCAUCUAAGCAAUUGUACGUACACUGUAGGAGUAAACAUUUAGGGGAACUAAGAGGUUUCCAAUUCAAUGCCAUCUUCCCUCUUUUCUUUACUGUUAAUGACAAAUUCCGUGUCCUUCACGAAGAUAAAGAAGGUGUUUUGUUCAUUCUGAAUAAUAGAUCGGAUUUUCUUGGAAACGUGAUCACUGUUAGUUGUAUGGGGCCUUCUUCAUCAAAGCAAGGGUACUUUUACGAACUUACGGCAAAAGCAGAGGGAAGCAGUAUAAGAUUCCAAUCUUCCACAAGAAAUGUUCAAACCAGAGUUGAUCACCCUCCAUCGUUGGGGUUCCUUCUAGUCCCAAAUGAUUUUGUUGGUACUUAUGGGCAGAUCACAUUGGACAUCUGCAUAUGGCGUCUUGGCUCACGUCCUGCCAUAAGCUCUGUGUAA